AUGAAGGGCGCUUUCCUGCUUCGUGUGCUUUCGGCCUCGUCGCUCCUCGUCAAUGCAAAUACCAAUUCGAUCGAUCACCAGCAGCGGGAGGAUUCGCUUGAUGACUUCAUCAAAGCUCAGCAGCAAAUUUCGCUACAAGGGAUGCUGGACAAUAUCGUCGAAGCUCCCUACCCGGAUUUGCAUGGCAUGGUUGUUGCCAGUCGGUCAGAUACAGAUUACUGGUACACGUGGAUCAGGACAGCUGCAUUAACCUUCAAAGUUCUUGUCGAACGCCUAACACCGACCGAUAUCCUCUUUGUCCCGGAUCAGAUAAUCGAUUAUGUGGAAUCCCAAGGGGAAUUGCAGUCGGGAGAUCUCGGAGAGCCCAAGUUCUACGUCAACGGCACUGUUUUCAAAGGUGCCUGGAAUCGUCCCCAGCAAGACGGCCCGGCGCUUCGUGCUACAGCUCUGAACAUCUACGCUAAAUACCUGCUUGCGUACUUAGAAGGGACUAAACUGGCUCGAGUCCUUCGGGCCGAUGUUGACUUCGAUGUCUGGCCGAUCAUCGCGAAGGAUCUCGACCACACUGUUCGGUACUGGAAUCAGACAAGCUUUGAUCUAUGGGAAGAAACCAGUGGCUCAUCGUUCUUCACUCUUUCAGUAUCCCAUCGCGCUUUGGUGGAGGGUAUGGCACUCGCGAAGACAUUGGGCCGACACUGUGACGGCUGCUAUGCUGCCGCUUCACAGAUGCUGUGUUCUAUGGAAAGCUUCUGGGACGUCAAUCACAUACGCGCGAAUCUCAAUGCCCGAGACCAACGAAGCGGUAUCGACGCAAGUUCUAUUCUGUCCUCUAUUCACACAGCUCUAGCCAACCAUAAAACAGUGACCGACUCCUUCCGCCCUUUGUACGGCAUCAAUAGCGGCAUUGCGCAAGGUCAAGGAGUCGCCAUUGGAAGGACCUUAUUUGUUGUUGGCGAUGUUCCGGAGCUCGGCGAUGGGAAGAAUGAGCAUGCCAGGGUUUUGAAACAAGACCUUCGUGGCUUUUUGAUCUCAGGGUCCUACGGAUACGCCAACUACUCUGCGCAGAUCGAAGUACCCGCGUUGACAAGGAUCAAUUACCAUUACUUUAUGUUGGCCAAAGAUCAUCCCAAGGAAGAAGAAGAGUACCAGUAUCGGCACAUCGAUACAGGCGAAUGUGGAAGCAAUGUUGACACAGUUCGCAAUGUUUUCUUUCCCGACGGCUGA